UCUCUCUCACAUUUCCUCCUGAUCCGAGGAAGUGGAGGUCCUGUUCCACCUCCUGGGAUCGCGAGCACUUAGAGGGGUCAUCAGGGAAUCCCUUAAGGGCGACAAUAGCGUGAAAUUCACCCACAAACAGCGGUAAAAAAGAGGUUAAAUAAGUGUCGUUCCUGGAGACGCGGAUCAGGGUCCAGAGCUUGAACCCAUGUCACGCUGAGCUCACCAGUCUACGCCACAUCAUCCUGCAAGCUCUGGUGUUCAGCUGUCAAUGACAGAGAAUGAGCAGUGAUGAGCCUCGUUCCUAAGACGAUUCAGGAGUUCAGCUCCAAGGACUACUGGAACACUUUCUUCGCCAGGAGAGGCCAGAAAGUCUUCGAAUGGUACGGCAACUAUGGCGAGCUGUGCGGCCUACUGCAUAAGUACGUACGCCCAAAUGACAGUGUUCUGGUGCCCGGCUGUGGCAGUUCCACCAUCAGUGCCGACCUCUAUCGUGUCGGAUACACCAACAUCACCAAUGUAGACAACAGCGAGGUGGUCAUACGGCAGAUGGUGCAAAGGUACGGCAAGGAGUGCCCGAAGAUGCAGUGGCGCCAAAUGGACGUCACAUCGCUGACGUUCGAGGAUGGAGCAUUCACCUGCAUCCUGGACAAGGCUACGCUAGACGCCCUCAUGACUGAUGCCUCAGUGCAAGUUGUUGCUCAGGUUGACAGAUACCUGGCAGAAGUCAACCGAGUGUGUCGCACAGGCGGUCGUUUUGUGUGUGUCACUCUCCUACAGGACCACAUCCUUCACCACAUCCUACAGUGGUUCCCCAAACAUGACUGGAUCGUCAGAAUCUGCAGGUAUGAAUUCGUGUACAUUACCUAAAUUACUGGGAAUGGU